GACUUCGCCAUCGCGUACAGGACAUAAUCCAACCUCUGUAUGAAAAAUGACAUGAACCUGAGUCAGUGGUUGUGACACCUUUGUAUAAGUUUUUUCCCUAAAACAUGUUACGGACAUUGUGUCGGGCCGGCGGCGCCGUUUUAAAGAACUCCCAGAGGACUGUGCCCAGGCUGUGGGUGACUCCUGUCCAGCAACGAUGGGCCUCACGCUUACCCAUGAACACUGUGGUCCUGUUUGUGCCGCAGCAGGAAGCCUGGGUCAUCGAGAGGAUGGGUCGUUUUCACCGGAUCUUAGAGCCGGGACUGAACUUCCUCAUUCCCAUACUUGACCGCAUUCGUUACGUGCAGAGCCUUAAAGAGAUUGUAAUUGAUGUUCCUGAACAGUCAGCUGUAUCCCUUGAUAAUGUAACGCUGCAAAUUGAUGGGGUCCUUUAUUUGAGAAUCUUGGAUCCUUUUAAGGCCAGUUAUGGUGUAGAGGAUCCAGAAUAUGCUGUGACUCAGCUCGCACAAACCACAAUGCGUUCAGAACUGGGCAAACUCACGCUGGAUAAAGUAUUCAGGGAAAGGGAGUCUCUCAAUUCCAACAUCGUCCACUCCAUCAACCAGGCGUCAGACGAGUGGGGCAUCCGCUGCCUGCGCUACGAAAUCAAAGAUAUACAGGUCCCACCUCGGGUUAAAGAGUCAAUGCAGAUGCAGGUGGAGGCCGAGCGUAAGAAGAGAGCGACGGUGCUGGAGUCGGAGGGGACACGCGAAGCGGCCAUCAACAUCGCAGAGGGUUACAAGCAGGCGCAGAUCCUCGCUUCAGAGGGCGAGAAAGCGGAGCAGAUAAACAAAGCAGCUGGUGAGGCCCAAGCUGUUUUGGCCACAGCAGAGGCCAAAGCCAAAGCCAUUUGUAUGCUGUCAGACGCUCUGGCUGAACAGAACGGAAAUGCUGCAGCCUCUCUGAGUGUUGCCGAACAGUACGUCUCUGCUUUCUCCAAACUCGCCAAGGAGUCCAACACCGUCCUCCUGCCCUCCAACUCCGGUGACAUCAGCGGGAUGGUCACACAGGCUAUGACCAUUUACAGUACGCUGGCCAAACCAACCUCAAAAGUUGAGAGUAUAAAGACCAAGACAGAGGAACCCAGAGAGGAGCCUCCAGUCCAGUCAACAUCAACUCAAUAGCAGAGGAUGUCAUUACCGCUCUAAACGGCAGCAGAAACUGAAAAUAGAGGAAGCAGUUUUCCAUAAUUAUGGAGUACAAUGCCACUGCUGUGUGAGUUCUGCAACUGUGCGGUGCAAAGGGCGCUCUAUCUACUGCAGGGCACAGGAUGUCGAGGCAGAGGAACGGCACUUGAUAAACGGCGGAGCAAGGACGGCUGGGAGAAGAGAAGAAACUGAACCGUAAAUUAUGUUAGUCGUGUCAGUCAGGCUGUUGUGCCUCAACUAAAUCAACUGUGAAUGCUGCGAAUUAUAUCUGAGAUAAGGACGUUUGCUCGGUCCAGUAUCUGCAGCUUCUUAAUAAGCCUUAAAGUUCUUUCAAUGGACGUUUGGUGGCUGUGACGUUAUUUACACAUGUGACUUAACAUUUUGAGUUGUAUUUCUUCACUGUCAGUCUAGCUGGAGUAAAAUGUUAUAUAAUUUAAGAAGGAGUUGUUUUCUUUAUUUGCAUUUUUUUACAUGGAAAUUGCUUUACUAUGAUUUUGGAUGAAGUUGUAAACUUUAAAGCACUAGGGUGUUGGAUUAAUGGGGUAAUGUCUGGCUGAGGUAAAUACAGUAUGACCACUAAGAAAAAGAAAAAAAUUAAAGAUUAUAAAUGU